AUGGUCGAAGCCUCAUCUCUUCUCCUCCAACGAACUGUUGGGCGCCCGAGAGCUUUCAAGGCCUCUCCAACGUCGUCCCUGGAAGACACUGUCCAAGCGACGCUCUCGUCGCUGCCCGAUGAGCUGGUGGACGAACUAGGCAUGACGGAGCUCGGGGAGGAGGACACGCUGGCGCAGCGCACGCGCAAGCUGCAGUACCUCAAGCGGCAGGAGGAGCUCAUCAAGGCCGAGGAGGAGCGCGCUAAGAAGGAGGAAGAAGAGAAAAAGACGGAGGAAGGUGCGAAGCAACAGGCGGAACGGGAUUUGGCUCUUGAGGAGAUGAAGACGGCCACCGCUAAGGGGCUCGGGUUCGAUACGGAGGCGGAGGCGCCGCUCGCGCACACGGUAGCGCGCGCCAAGGCGAUCGACCAGAAGAAGGACCUGUGCAAGCUGAGCGAAGCACUAGCCGUGCUGGCGUCAGCAUCGUCAGUGUCGAAGGAGCGCACGGAGUUCCUGAACCUGGUGAACAAAGAGAUCGAGAUGUACAAUCGCAUGGUGGAGAAGGAGGGCACUGACGGUGAGGAAGAGGCGAAGCGGCUCUUCUUCGAGGCCAAAAAGGAGGUCGACCGUGCAGCGCACGAGGGCGAGGAAGACGGCGGCGCGGGACCCUCACAGGCGCUCAUCAAACGGGUUGACUCGUUGCUCCACAAGCUCGAGAAAGAGAUUGAUGACGUGGACGCCAAGAUCGGCGACAGGUGGCGGAUAUUGGACCGGGACUACGACGGCAAGGUGUCGCCGGACGAGGUGGCGGCGGCGGCGGCCUUUUUGAAGAGCGAGCUGGGAGAGGAGCCGGUGCAGCAGCUGAUCGCGAACCUGGCGAAAGACAAAGAUGGCAAGAUUCUUGUGGAGGACAUCGUGAAGCUCGGAACCAUGGCGGAGGCAGAGGAGCAGAAGAAGCAACAAGAGUCGAGCAGCGGGUGA